AUGUCCGGGUUUCCUUCCAUCCAGCCUGCUUUCACUGUCCGGGUCAUAAUCGACCCUCCACACGCUGUCGGCAGUGCGUCUCGCACCACUAGCCUACAGGUUGUUCCUAUGACGGGUGGCACAGUCCAAAGCGCGCCCGGUUUCUCUCCCAGCAUCGACGCCCAGUUUGUAGGAACAGGAAACGACUACAUCCACGCUGAUCCGGAUGGAAAGCAUCUCCGGCUAAACGCCCACGGCAUAGCUAACCAUAUACAGCUGAUUUAUCUCAAUUAUACCGGUGUCGUGGCUCUCGGACCGGCAGAAGCGGCCGUCUUUGCCGGCACUGCCUCGGACGGUGCCACGCCGUUUGGAAAUUCUUUUACCCAUUUCACAUUCGAGACCGGUGACGAACGGUACAAGGAGCUCGAGACCCGAGUGUUUGUCGGCCAGGGCCAUUUCAUCAUUGAAACGGGGAAGCCUACCAUUGUCGAGUACACCGUUGGCCAGGUUGUCAAGGGUUAG